CCGGCUCCCGUAGGAGAGCGGAGGUGGUGGCGGCGCCACGUCCGCUGUGGCGGCGGGAGAAGAGUCGGUUGGGCCUCGUGAAGGCUCGGGGAGACCAUGGCCUUCACCCUGUAUUCACUACUGCAGGCAGCCCUGCUGUGCGUCAACGCCAUCGCCGUGCUGCACGAGGAGCGCUUCCUUAAAAACAUUGGCUGGGGAACAGACCAGGGAAUUGGCGGAUUCGGAGAGGAGCCAGGAAUUAAAUCUCAGCUAAUGAACCUUAUUCGAUCUGUAAGAACUGUGAUGCGAGUGCCGUUGAUAAUAGUAAACUCAGUUGCUAUCGUAUUGCUUUUAUUAUUUGGGUGAACAUCAAUGGGAGAAAUGGAGACCCAGAAGAGAUGCCAGUGGAAGUUAUUACUUCAGUCAUUACUAGAAUAUUCAUUUCUUAGCAGGCUGACCUUGCAUUUGACAAAAAUGUAAAGUUGACAUUAAAACCAGAGUUUCUAUUAUCUUGAUUUUUUAAAAAAUGUUGCAUUUGUAGUUUAAUUACAGAAAAAAGAUCAGGUCACCAGAGGUUGUAGCUCUUCAGGAUUGAAAUACAUUUGCUUGCUGGCUAUUGAUAAUAGUUCAUGCUGUGGUAAAGAUUGUUAAAAGGGUACAAGAUUGUUGCUUCUGGGUUGUUUGUUUAUAUGUUUUUCUCUCACUUCUCAGGGAUGAAUUUUUUUCCCAAAGUUUUGAAGUUCCUUGUGACUUAGCUGUGAUGUGAGAGUGUUCCCCCUAGAUUAAAGAAUUUUUAAAAAGUAAUUAUUACUUUUGGUAAAUAAUUUGGAUAAUUUUAUUUUGAACUGUUUGGUUAAAUAUUUAGUCUAUAUGGUCUUGUUAUGAAAAAUUCAAAUAUAUAUAUACUAUAAAAGACAAUACUCUGAUUUCAGGGAAAAUUGUAAUUUUAUAAGUCAGUUACCUGAUGAUUGUGGUUUGAAGUUCUUUUUUAUGAAUUUGUUAUUAAUUGGCCUGAAUAAUGAGACCAAACCAGUAUCUGCAUAUUUUCAUUGGUAGAAAAAUCUGUAUAGAAACGUCUGUGCCCUUUUUACAAUGAUGUUGACUUAUUUUAUAAAAUCAGCAAAAAUAUUAGCCUGCAAUAUCAAUCCUAAACAAUCACAAUUAAACUAUCCAAUGAAAGAUAGGAUAUUGUGAAGAUAGUUUAUUAUGAAGCCUUUACCUCCCAAAAUAUUAUCAUGUUUCCAUUUCUUGAUGGAACAGCACAUUAAAAAGUGUGAUUCUUAAUUCUUCAUUCUGUCACUAGACCAUUCAUGCUAGAUGAUGUUUUUUGUUUACAUGUCUUGGAUCAUCUUGUGAGGUUGUUUGCUCAUCCCAUAAUACAGUUUUAUGUAGAAAGGUUAAAACUAUGUAAAUUGUUUUUGUGAAAAUUAUCAGUUAUUUUGAAGGGGUGGAAUGGCAUCUUUGCUGAUAGUAGAACUUUUGUAAAUAAAGUUGAAUUUUCAAAUCAA